AAAAAAAAAAAAAAAAAAAAAAAAAAAAAAUGAUCAGAUGAUUGCGAAUACACAGACGUUAGUAUGAUAUGUCUUAAACAGCAAUGAGGUAUGAAAAGUACGGCCAAGUAUUGAUAGGCUGGCGCGCGAAAUUAUCCCUCGGGAGUACUCCCUUAUAUGGCCAUAUGAGUUUGUACAGCUCCAUGUGAUAAGCUCCUGACACCUCUUAGACGUGAAGUGGCUAAAUAAAGUAUUGUGUUGUUUUAUAUUGUAUGUUGUGCGGCUCAAAGGAUAUGGUUUAUUAGCCGUUUUAUUCAGAAAUAGGGGUAUCGAUUUUGGCCAUUGUGGUCUCAAAGAGGGUAUGGUUUUUCAUUCCAGUCUUGAAUUGGGUAUGGUUUUUUAGAACAAGCUAAUUCAUUCUUCAUUAUCGAUAAGACCAUCAACAAAAGCCCUUCACAGUGGUCUGCAGUUGGCAACUACUUUUUUGUACUUAAUAAGGCCCGUCUGAAACAGGGUAUUGAUUUAAGGGUCAGGUCUUUAAAAAGUCGAAGAUUUUAGUCUUAAAUAGGGUUACAGUUUUGGGAAGCGGGCUGCACACUAUCCAAUUUUUCUAGGAAUUCCCCGCCCCAUCCUUCCCACCACGAAAUUAUCCUCCUGGCAAUGCAUAACAAGAAAAGUAAAGAAAAUACAUCCCAUAAUAUAAGAUAUAAACAAACAAACAAACAAUAGAAACUCGUUUAUUAUUUCACAAAUUGAACGUACAAGUCAAAGAGCCGUCACCCUGUCCCUGACUUGUUGACGCAGUGCAGCGUGACGUCCGUGAUGUGACUGCAUAAUAUCAUUGGGUGUUUAUUUUAACUUUCGAAACGAUAUCCAUAUCUCUUCCUUUCUGGGAAAGAAGGAAGACACUCGUCGACUCAGAUCAGAGUUUGCUCCAUAUUUAUUUAAUGUCUCACCUUUAAAGUUUUCUAUUACUUCCAGUGUUGGUAUUUAUCGCACAGAUAAUACAACAUCAUCACGAACAACCUGCAGAAGCUGAUUUGACCACGCGGAAGUUAUCUGCGUAACUCAGCGAAAUCAUUAUGAAAAAGGCUCUAGCCCUCCUGAUCUUUUUCUUACAGUUGAAGCCCGUAGUUCUGGAGGAAGGAAGCUUCUGGCAGGUGACAGAUUUUCACUAUGACAAGACUUACCAGUUCCCCACUGACCCAGACAAGAUCUGCAAUUCACAGACGCCUGAUACCCAGAAGCCCAACCGAACUGGCAAAUGGGGGAAUUAUUUGUGCGACUCACCUUGGCGCCUCAUUAACUCGUCAGUCUUCGCCAUGAAGGACAUCGAACCCAAUCCUGAUUUCAUUAUUUGGACCGGCGAUGACAUGCCUCACGUGCCAAACAGUGAACUGAGCACAGAGGAAGUGAUAGAAACUGUCAAGAAUAUGACAGCCCUGCUAAGCACAGUCUUCACAAAUACGACGGUUUAUCCGGCCCUCGGUAACCAUGACUACCACCCCAAACAUCUGAUGCCGCCAAAGCCGAAUGACAUUUACACGGCUGUUGGAGAUUUAUGGAGUCGGUGGCUUCCGCAAGAAGCUGUGGAUACGUUUAAAAAAGGCGGAUUUUACACGGUUCUUAUCAAGCCUGGCUUACGCCUCGUCAGUCUCAACACGGUUUAUUAUUACACAAACGACAGGCUAACAGGAAACAUUACUGAUCCUGCCGGCCAGUUUGCAUGGUUAGAUCACAUACUGACGAAUGCAAGUAGCAUUAACGAAAAGGUCUUCAUUAUUGGUCAUGUGCCGCCUGGCGCUUUUGAAAGAGCACCACGAAAGAAGUGGUUUUACCCCCAGUUUAACAAGCGCUACAUUGCUGUAGUACUAAAACAUGCUGACGUAAUCACUGGCCAUUUUCUGGCACAUCAACACUGUGACAGCUUUAAAAUUUUCUACGACAAUAGAGGAGUUCCAAGAAGUUCUAUUUUCCUGUGUCCAGCCGUAACGCCUUGGAAGACAGUACUGCCGACAGUUGGUUACAACAAUCCUGGUGUCCGUCUGUACAAAUACGACAGGAACACUACACAUGUCAAGGACGUUUGGCAGUACUAUUUGAACCUGACGCAAGCCAACUUGAUGGGCGAACCCGAUUGGCUAUUAGAAUACAAAGCCACUGAAGACUUCAAUAUACCAGAUGUGAGCCCGCAGUCUCUUCACGAUUUGGUGCAGACUUUUAAGCCUCAAGGGAGCUCUAACUUUCUCAAAUACUACUUGUUCAACUCUGUGAGUGCUGGAGGCGAGCAAUGUGAUGAAGAAUGUAAAAUUGGGCAACUUUGCGGCGUGACAGAAAUUGAUUUUGAUCAGUAUGAUGCUUGUCUUCGGGGCUCAAGCAGGUCCACUGUUUCCUCGACUUCAAGUGUAACGCCCUCAUACAGUAUCAGUGUUCCGUCGGGUUCAAGUUCCGUCGAGUUCUGCUUCAGUGUUACGUUUUGGCUGGUGUUUAUCGGGAUUUUGCUCUGUUAAAUAUAUACUCUCUGCAUAUUGAGAAAUAAUUGAGAGAUAAUUGACGUUUUAUUAUUAAAUUUUUUUGUUGUUGUUUCAAGUGCGACCAAUAACUUUUUCAGUUGUAAACUGUCUUUAUAUUCUACCAUUUUCUCGCGGCAAGUAGGCGAGGAAAAAAAAUGGGGAACCCGACGGGGAACUGCGAUCAUUUUGACAGUCAGACAUUCCACAGCUUAUUUAGUUUUGAAUCCUUUUAAAUUAAGAGAUGGAAUGACGGAAACAAUGGCAUCCUUGUAGGCGUCCCCCUCCCUCCCUCCCUCCACUCCGCGCCUCUUGCUUCUUGUUUUCCCCUCUCCCUCUGCUUUAAACGUCUGCCUCGCAGGCCAGCAAAGAUACUGAAAAACUAUCAGAGCUAAUGGAAAGAGCAAACAUCGAAACCUCUCAUCGAAGUUUCGUUUUAUUUCGUCGAACGGGAAACAAUCAAACUUUUGUGUUGAAAAAAUCUACAACUUGACCAAAAUAUGACUCACUAAUGAGGAGAAAUAUAGUUUUAAAGCCGUCUAAAAAAUUCCGCGCGUUUUAAUCACGUGACCAGAAUUUCCGAAAAACAUAUUUUAUGGCAACUGUUAUUUCAUAUAAUGAGGAGUUUAAAAUAGUCUCUUAUGAAACUUGGCAUAUUUACUAAAUUUGGCACGAUAAAUCAAACGGUGAGUCUUAUUUUUUUGUUUGAAAGAAAUAUUUUUAUACUGUGUCCCCAAUUAGCGCCUAUCGCGCUAGAUGUAUUUGAAACGUAAUUAAAGUUACUUGCUUACUUA